AUGCGACGAUUACCCCGGGAAUCGGGGCCACCGGACCGUGCGGACGAAGAUCUGCCACCUGGGAAUCCCCGCCUCGAGCCCAUUGGACGCCGACGUGGUCAUCCAGUCACCUCGGAAUCUUCUUCCGACAGCCCUAUGGGGCGCCGUACUCUUUUUCCUCCUAACCGUCCUAGUGGACAACAUAAUUCGGCCAUGAGUCGAGCUCAAUCGAGUCGAACUCAAUCCAGUUUCUCUCAAACGAGUCGAGUCGGUCAGGACUCCUCAACUAGCAGCCCUGUUGGGCGAAGUACUCGUGGUUUUACCAACCGUCAAUCUUCAAGUAGACCUAAGGCAUCUAGAGGACCAAUUGGUACCUUUAGUCCGGCCAUAUCUUACUCAGAAGCGAUCACACUGCGUGAACCAGCCGUAUACGUCGUGUCGCAGGUAUUGAAGAAUACUGUGAAGCUUCUCCUAGAACCGAAUCAGAGUCAAACCAUUCUGAACAACUCACCAGCCAUCAUGCCCUUUGAUGACACGACAGAAUUCUAUAAUGAUAACGGUGACCUGAUCAAUACCGGCUACGAAAGACAACAAAUUUUCGCGUUUGACGAAUACUUGGCUACCGACGAUACGACGCGCUUCUUUCUCGACGAGCAGCGUAUCACUGUCGCGCUAUCAAGGGCCCAAGAUGGCCUCAUCAUUAUUGGUGACAUUCUAUCCUUAAUCAGGUCACGUUUCUGGAAAACGUAUCUGAGCGAGGUAGUUAAGGACAGUCCCAUCGUGGACAUUCGCUACAUCGACCUUUUCAAGACAGACGAAUUCGCGCGAGCUCCAAACGGACUUCUCCUGGACUCGGACGGAUGUGUCAUCACGUCACCGGUCACCUCGGAACUCAUCGACAAGUGGCUCGAGGAUGCCGACAUGCCAUCGGACAAGUAA